AUGGACAAACACAACCUCACAGAGCUGAAGGAAUUCAUCCUCCUGGGAAUCACAGACCGCCCAGAGCUGCAGGCUCCCCUAUUUGUGCUCUUCCUCGUCAUCUACAUGAUCUCACUGGUGGGCAACCUGGGCAUGGUCAUCCUCACCAAGGUGGACCCCAGGCUGCAGACACCCAUGUACUUCUUUCUCAGACACCUGGCGCUCACGGAUCUCGGCUACUCCACCGUUGUGGGACCCAAAAUGUUGGUAAAUUUCCUAGUGGAACAAAAUACAAUCUCUUUUUACUUUUGUGCCACACAGCUGUUUUUAUUUAUCAUGUUCAUGACUAAUGAACUUUUCAUCUUAGCAACCAUGUCCUAUGACCGCUAUGUGGCCAUCUGCAACCCUCUGCACUACACAGUCAUCAUGUCCCAAAGGCUGUGUCUGGUGCUGGUGGUAAUCACCUAUCUCUACAGCACCUGUGUUUCUCUUGUGGUCACCAUAAAACUUUUUAAUCUAACCUUCUGUGGCUAUAAUGUCAUUAAUCAUUUCUACUGUGACGAUUUCCCCUUGUUAACUUUGGUCUGCUCAAACACUCAUGAAGUCGAAUUCUUGACAAUAAUUUUUGCAGCUCUUGAUUUGAUCUUCACGCUUCUCAUAGUCCUAGUGUCUUACCUGCUCAUCCUCAUUGCCGUUCUCAGGAUGAAGUCAGCUGAGGGCAGACGCAAAGCUUUUUCCACCUGUGGAUCCCACCUGACAGUGGUCGUAUUGCUCUAUGGGACUCUAAUAUUUAUGUAUGUGAAGCCCAAGUCCAGUCAUUCUUUUGACACUGAUAAAAUGUCAUCUAUAUUUUAUACCCUGAUUAUCCCCAUGUUGAAUCCCUUGAUCUACAGCUUGAGGAACAAGGAUGUAAAAUCAGCACUGCAGAGAAUUUUGGAAAGAGUUCGCAAUAUAUUUUCUUAA